AUGUUCUGGGCCAAGACUCUCGCUGGCUUCGCGGCCGCGGCUUUCCUCGCGCAUGCCCUCCCGCCAGGCCAGCAAGAAUAUAGCCUGCUAUUGCGCGGACGCAUGGGCUCUACCGCAUCGCCGGCAAACGAAAGGGUCGCCGUGGCCUACGCGCCUGAAGUCGAGGCGGCCGACAGCGCGCAGGUGCUGGGACAAUAG